UUCCUCACCCAGACAGUUAUCUGAUCUUGCUUCAGAGAAGAUGCCUUAGAUGAACAAGUAAUACAAAUGACACAAGGGCACUUUUACAUACUCACACUCUAAGAGGGUUAAUGAUGGCUUCAAAUGGAACCCAAACUCUAAAUACAUCUUGUCCAGAUUGUGGAAUUCAUCAAAAAGCAUGGGGAAUCGCACUUCCCAGUCUCUAUUUCAUGAUUUUCCCUCCUGCUCUUGUGCUGAACCUUACAGUAGCUUGGAUAUGUUUACACCUCCAGGCCAACUCUAGUUUCAUGGUGUACCUGAAACACUUGGUGGCAGCUGACCUCCUCAUGACCUUGACCUUCCCUGUUCGAGCUGCCAGUGAACUCUCAGGAGCCUCUCCAGGGCUGCAUGCUUUCGCCUGCCGAUUCUCAAGUGUCUUCUUCUACCUAGCCAUGAACAUGAGUGUGAUUCUGAUGGGACUCAUCAGCCUUGAUCGCUAUUUAAAGAUUGUGAGAUCUGGAGGAAGUCUUCUGUGUCAGAACCUGUUCUUGACUCAUGUCCUGUCAUUCACUUUCUGGUUUGUGUUGAUUGGCUCUAAUACAUUACCGAUUAUUUUCACAACGAACCAAGACCCUACAAAUAUGACUGGAGAGUUCUGCAUGGCCAUGAAAAGUGAACUAGGACUUUAUUGGCAUGAGGCAGUCAUCAUUGUCGCCAAAGUGAUUUUUUGGACAGUAUGCAUUGUAAUUGUGUUUUGUUACAUCUGCAUUGCUAAGACAGUUCUGGAGUCAUAUCAAAGGUCUCGUGGCAACAACGACAAGCGGAAGCGUAAAGCAAAGCUUCGGGUUUUUCUUAUUCUUAUCGUAUUUCUUAUCUGUUAUGUGCCUUACCACUCUAUCCGAAUACCUUAUACUUUAUUACAGAUUAAAAGCAAUUGCUCAUGUGCCAGGGUUUUCUUUAAAAUUGCUAAGGACUUAACCCUCUGGCUCUCAGCUCUAAAUGUAUGCCUGGAUCCCUUGAUCUACUUUUUUCUCUGUAAGGCCUUCAGGGAAAAGUUUUGGGACAUGUGUGACCUUAAAAGACUCUUUCCAUCCUUUGGAAAAAACAGUGAUACAUGCCAGUCCUCGGAAACUUCACUCUAAGCUGAAGGCAAAAGCAAUGGACCUUUUUUUUUUAACAAUUACAAUUUAAAGCAAGCACUGGUGAUUUCAUGUUGUACAGCUGCAAACUGUGAAUGUGUGCUACUCUUUGUAAAUACCUGCCAUGACAUUACAGUGUGUAAUGCAUUUCUGCAGAACACUGAUAGUUCAAUGGUGUUGAAACCACAUCGAAAGCUAAAACUGUGCACAGGUUCACAUUAGAGACCAAAACAUAUCUCCAUAUGCAUCAAAGUCUGUCAUGAUAUAAAUAAUACAGCAAUUUUGCAACAUUUUGUAAUUAAUUCAUAAUGUUUUUAUUAUAAAUUUUUAUAUUGGACUAAAGGUCUAAGGCCUGAUCUGCGGUAUGUGUGGAAAACUGAUCCAGUGAAAAAAACAGUUUAGAAACAAAUAUUGUAACAUUUGCUUGCUAAUAUAUGAGUUCAUAUGCAAUAAUAAGUGUGUAAUUGUGUUUAGUUUGAAUUAAGACCUACUUUUAUUUGCAAUGCAUGAAAUAUCUACAAUAAAGUUUUAUUAUUACUAAA